UCCACAUCCGCUGGCAGACCUCCCUCUUCAACCGUCUCUUCUCACGCUGCGCUCGCAUCAACCCCCACGCCCUCUACCUCUGGUUCACCAGUGGUGUAGUGUUUGGGUUGGUGUCUAUGUGUGGUUCGGUGGUGCUCCUCUGCCUUAACCCUGUGUGUGUGUGUGUAGGUUCACCAGUGGUGUAGUGUUUGGGUUGGUGUCUAUGUGUGGUUCGGUGGUGCUCCUCUGCCUUAACCCUGUGUGUGUGUGUGUGUGUAGGUUUACCAGUGGUGUAGUGUUUGGGUUGGUGUCUAUGUGUGGUUCGGUGGUGCUCCUCUGCCUUAACCCUGUGUGUGUGUGUGUAGGUUCACCAGUGGUGUAGUGUUUGGGUUGGUGUCUAUGUGUGGUUCGGUGGUGCUCCUCUGCCUUAACCCUGUGUGUGUGUGUGUAGGUUCACCAGUGGUGUAGUGUUUGGGUUGGUGUCUAUGUGUGGUUCGGUGGUGCUGCUGAUUAGAACACUGCAGCAGACUGUCCAUCAGAUGACAUCAGACCACCCUCAGGGAGCCAAUCAACAGACACUACAGGUGGUGGUCCCAGGUGUAAACCUGCCAGUCAGUCAGCUGGCCUACUUCUUCUCUGCUCUGCUGGUCAGUGGGGUCAUACACGAACUGGGCCAUGCCGUGGCAGCAAUAAGGGAGCAGGUGCGUGUGAAUGGUUUCGGGGUGUUUCUGUUCGUGGUGUAUCCUGGAGCUUUUGUAGAUCUUUUCACCACACACCUCAACCUCAUCUCCCCGGCCCAACAGCUACGCAUCUUCUGUGCAGGGGUGUGGCAUAACUUUGUGCUGUGUGUAGCAGCAUUGUGUUUCCUCUUCCUGUUGCCUGUCUUACUGUUUCCUGUUUACUACACUGGGGCAGGAGCCCUGGUCACCGAGGUGGUGCAGGGCUCUCCUGCAGAUGGUCCUAGAGGUCUGUCAAUAGGUGACAUGGUGACAGGGCUGGAGGAUUGUGAUGUCAGAACAGUAGAGGACUGGAACUCCUGUCUGACAAUCCAUACACAGACACCUCAGACUGGAUACUGUGUCCCGACACACACCCUGCAACCCAGCUGGGCCCACGGUCGAGUCUACAGGAGGUUGGAUACUUCUAUAGAAUGCUGCAGUAACAACAGUCUGACUGAUCUCUGCUUCUCCUACACCAAACUACAGGAGAGUGAGUAUGCGUGUCUCCCGGUUCGUAAGAUGCUGUCUGGCAGCCGUGUGUGUCGCAGCAACGCACACUGCCUCACACAAACAGACCCUGACACACACUCACCCAGUGUCUGUGUCACACCUUCACUGGAGAACCAGACCAGGUUGAUCCGCAUUACUCAUCCCCCCAACACACAGAUGCUGUUUGUGGGGUUCCCUCCUCACCUCCAAUAUGCAGUCAGUCUGACCAACUUUGCUCCUCGCUUCGGCUUCCUGAACCUGGACCUCCCUGUUGUCAUGGAGACCUUCUGCAAAUAUGUUGUGUCUCUGUCUGGAGCGUUAGCCGUGGUCAACUCUGUUCCAUGCUUCGCUCUCGAUGGCCAAUGGAUGCUCUCCGCUCUGCUGGAGGCCACACUGGUCACUGUGGUUACAGAUCGGCAGCGCCGCGAGCUGAUUGGAUUUUUCCUGUUGCUGGGAGGAAGUGCUCUGCUAGCUGCUAAUGUAGCGCUGGGGCUGUGGAUGGUUACUGCCCGGUAAUGGUAACUAUGACUACCAACCACCACCAACGCCUCCAUGGCAACCAAUGCCAAGAGACUGUCUCCCAGGGUGCCGUGCCGUGCCUCUGCACAGGGGUAUUGUGGGCCUCUUCCUGCUCCACUCUGAGAGAAAGACCAGCUCCCAUCAGGCACUGCGGUGCGCAUGGUGACUAAGGGAUGCUGGGGAAAUAUAGUGUUCAGCUGCACCUUCUCUACUCUCUGGAACAUGUGUGUGUGUGUGUGUGUGUGUGUGUGUGUGUGUGCUGUGAAGAGGUAUGUGUUUCUGUUUUCUUGGGAUUUCAUGAUACAUUGUUGUUUUAUUAUCUGUUCUUCCUCUCUCUCCCUAUCUUUCUCUCUCUCUCCCCCCAUCUCUCAUCUCUCUCUCUCUCUCUCUCUCU